AUGGAAUAGCUCUAGAAAUUCAAACCAGAUCAACUCAUUAGAGAAAAUCUAAAGGAUAAUGACUCAAGAAAUCUGAUGAUCAUUACAGAUAACUACGAGAGCUCGCUAUAAUUUAUCUAAGACUAUUGCUAAUAAGAGGAAAAGCUGUAUGAAAUCUUUUAUGGCAGUGACUUCCCUGAUGAUUAAAAUGAGGAAUACAUCUAUGAAUAGAUAAAUGAAAUAAUUUUACAAAUGGAGAACGGAACAAUUUGUGUCUUCUUGAAUCUAAAAAGCGUAUAUCAAUCCUUCUAUGAUAUGCUGAAUCAGAAUUAUACUGAAAUAGGUAACAAAAGAUAUUCAAAGGUUGCAGUGGGAGCAAACUAAAGUCUUUGUGAGUUGCAUAGAGAAUUCAAGUGCGUGCUUGUAGUUUAGAAGAACCAAGUCGACUAAUUGGAUGGACCUCUGAAGAAUAGAUUUGAAAAGCAACUGUUUACUGAGGAUAUUAGCAUGAAUGUAUCUUUGAGAUAAAUUAAACAAAAACUUAUUACUUGGUUAUAUUAGAUUGGCACUCAUUAGAAUUUUAGCAAGAGAUCAAUGUUCCCUACUAUAGAUGAAAAUCAGUCUUUACAGCAACUGGUUAUUCAAUGUAAAGACAUUUAUGGAAAUGAUGAGGAGACAAUUAUUAAAGAAAGCAAAAGAGCUUUAAUUAGAGUUGCCACAUUCUAAGGUAUCAUAAGAUCAAAGCUAACACAAGUUGCUGACAGAGAAGAAUGGUAUAGGGAAUACAUUGAUAAGAAUUAUCAUUAUAACAUGCAAAGUCUUAUUGAACACUAUUAAGGAAUUUGGAUGAAAGAAAAAUGUUUUGAAAAAAUCAGAGGAUUCAACUUAAUCAUCUACACAUUCUCGACUUAGUUUGAAAUAGAAUCAUUAAGCAAAGUAGUUUCGAUUGAAGAAAAGAUUGUAUUGAGCAAUAUACACAAGAAAAAAUAAUUAUCCGUAUUAGUUGAAAAUUUCUUCUCAAUAGAAAACAAUAGGGAAUUGCUGUUAAUAUUUGCAGACCAGUAGAAUGACUCAAAGAAUAUCAUCAAUCUUUGUAGAAGUUAAAUUAAUAACCAAAGGACUAAAAGACUACUUGAAAUUGAAAAGAAUCCUAACUAUACUGAGGCAUCAGCAAAGCAUGUUUGCCUAAUCAUAAAACUUGAUCAAACAAUUGAAGACAAUGACUACAAUAUUAGUUUUGGUAAAGAUUGGAGGCAAUAUACCAUAGACUUGCUAAACGGUAAAGGGCAAAGUGACAUUGAUCUUAAAGAUCUGAUGAACAAAGAUCUGGACUCUCUCUUAAGUAUUGUAGCAACAUAAAGCGAGUCAUAGCAAGAUGUUAAUAUAAGUGCAGUUUCCACUCAUAAAAAAGAUAAGAUAUUUUAGCAGAGCCUGGUUGAAGCUAUAUCAAAGAUAUACUAUAGGUAAAAUAGAGAUACCUAAUUGAAGAGAAUUUCCAGAAUACAAGAGAUAUUUAGCAGUGAAAAGAACAGCUCUUUCUUAAAGAAUCUAAUUCUAAUGAAGUUUAGUAAGAAUGAAAAAUAUGAGCAGAUGAAAAAAUCCUGGAAGGAUGAUAUAGUUACAAAUGAUUUCCUUAUGAGAAGCAAUUUGACAUUUCACAGUGCUGCUAUUGAGUAUUUAAAGAGCGAACUUGUACGAAAUUUAGCAUUUAUUAUAUACUAUUUGGAAUAAGAUGGCAUUAUUACUUCUUUUGAUAAUCCAGAACUAUUUGAAUUGGGCAAGGAUUACUUUAAUAAACUAUUUACUAAUAACUACGUCAACCAAAGGCUUCAAGAUAUGUAUUACUUAACAGAGAAUUUUGACAGAAUCAAGUUCCCACUUGCUAGAGUCAUUCAUAAGUAAUUCUAAUAGCUAAAGAUUCAAUUUAUGAAGAAUGAUAAGCGAUAUGAUGAUAAAAAAAUGAUACAAAAAAGCAUAAAUCGAUUUAAGAGAGAAGAUGAUAAUAUUGAUUUAAGCAAGAAUGAGCUUAACCAAAUGGACAGAUCUUUGAGUAUUAGUAAAAAAAGGUAAGAAAGAGAUCAGCAGUUGAGAAAUGAAUUAAUUCUAAGCAAGGAUCAGCAUCUCUCAAAUAACAUAGUUGAUCUUGAUAAAUGGUGCAAGCUUUACUUCCCUAAGGAGUAUCAAAAUAUGUUGACUGAGCAUAACAAGCAGUAUCUUAAAGAUUUUUCAUAUUUGCUUAAUAACCCAGAUUCAAUUAAGUGCGAAUCUUCUAGUGUAGGUCAGAUGGAUUUUAACAAACAAUACUAGAGAUACAUAAAGUCUUCUCUGAAUAUCUUUAUGAAAGACAGAAUCAAGAAUGAUAAGAAUCUCUCAAAGUCUCAGAUUUACGGUAUCUAUUGGAAAUACGAAAACUUACUCUUCAAUGUUUGGAAAAUUAUAAAGGAAAACGCUAAGAUCAUGUCAUUAGAUAAAAUUGGCUCUAAACUUGAUAAGGAAAUGAGAAGUAGCGGAUACUUCAAAAACUCUGAUAUAAAAUACUUCCCAAAGGAGAUAUUUGUUCAAUCCGUUAUCAAGGUCUUCUAUGAUAUAUACUAUCCUACUGAGAACUCUAAGUUCACAAUCAAUUAAUGGGAGUAAAGCGUCAAACAGACAUUCCAAAGAUUAAAUGACUUGUCUUUUUAUUAUUAAGGAGUGACUUAGACGUUCGAGUCUAGAGUGAUUAUAUUCCUAUUGAAAUAUCACAAAUAGAUAAUUGAUUAUUUGAAUCCUAGUGAUGCUGUUAAUGUUUUUGCAAAAUUUGCUCAUGAUAUUAGAAAUAUUUUCGAUAAACCAUAAGAACUUUUUGCCUAUUUAUAGGAAUAGAUGGAUAGAUAUUGGUCAAAAAAUUAAGAUAUUGAACUAUAAUACUUGAUAUAUACACUGGCUAUAGAAUAUAUUGUUGACUCAUUCCAUAUUAAUGAGAGCAUUAAUCUUAAUUUCUUACUUAAUAAAGUUAUAAUAUUCCUGAUAGACCCUAAGGGGAAUCUUAAUCACAUCUAGGAGAAGGAUCAUUUUAAGUUUAAUCUCUAUAACUUAGUCAAGAUGGUUAUCAAAAUUAUUGAAAAUCAAAAAUCAAACAUGUUCUAGAAGAUAGUUUUUUAUGAUAAAGUGAAAUUUGAGCAAAACUUAAAAGAUAAUAAGCUAGAAAAUAUAAGGAUCCUCCAUGCCUUUUUGAAUCAAGUAGCCUCUUAAUAAAAUGGGGGAUGCAUAAGGUUGAGCGACCCAUUAGUUGUGGCGCUGGUUGAUAUUAUUGAAGAUACUAUCAUUCUAGAUCCUUUUGAGGAGUAAGACUUUAUAGAUAUUGAAAAUAUAAUGGUCUAAACUAGACCUAUAUUGAUGUACUAAAAACAAAUUACACCUCUGCAGUUCUAUGUGGCAGUGGCUUGCUUCAAGAAAAUAACUAAGAUAUAUGUGGAGGAGAUCUGUUUUCACAAAGAUGGGGAGGAAUCAUGUGCUGAAGAAAUGGCUUAAGUCUUUUAGACAUUUUUCUUGUGUGACACAGAUGCGUAGCGAGCAGCAUUGAAGCCAUUUGGAAUUUAUGUAAUGAAGCAAAUCUAUAAGAAGUACGAUAUUGAGAAGAAAGACAGAGAUUCAAUCCUACUUCUGAAUGAAUGGUUCAAAGAAUUUGUCUCCAUAUAGUUAGACUAAGAGAUAAUUAAGUUUUCCAUCAAUAAUUAGCCAGAAUCUACGACAUUCAAAGAACAACUUAAAACUAUCAAAAACCUUACUUCAUUUGAUAAAGCUACAGAUGCUCCUUAGAGAUUCUAUCAGAUAUUAGCAGUUAUUGAUCACUACUAUCUCAGCAGAAGAGAUGCUGAAGUAUCUUAGACAUAAUUUGAUUAGAUAAAGGGAGGAGGUCAGCUAUUCUAAGACCCAAACUUCAAAGAAUUCAUCAAAACCUUUGUUGAUCAUGACUUUGCGAGACUUUCUAGAAGUAAGUUUGUAAGAAUAGAGGGAAUCCCAAAAGAAUUAGUCCACUUUAAGUUGACAUGGAUGAUGAUUGGUGCAGCUGCUUUUGCAGAUCAAAAUACUUUCCUAUCGCAUUUUUACUUGAAGCCAAUGAUAAUCAAGGACUGUUAUGUGCCUUUCGUUUAAAACUUCCAGGGGGAUUUAGAGUAUCUCAAAAUUUUCAAAAAUAAUGAGAACUUAUCUAGUCUAAAAUGCAUGAAGUGUGGUUAGAUUACUUUCAGAAUUGAGCUUUCAAAUGAAAAAAAUCUCAAAUCAAAGUUCUAUCAGCACGGUGAGAGGAAAUGCAAGAACACAGACACCAAGUAGAGUGAUAAAGCAUGCGAAGGUACUCUCUAAGAUCAUGACCAACUGGAUAUGAAUAAAUUGAUUAAAAGCACUAAUGAGCUCGGACAGCGUUCAUAUAUUGCCUUUGACUUGGAGAAUUAUGGAAACAUCAAGGUUAGAAAUCUUAAGAACUCGCACUCAGCCGUCGGAAGAAUAAUCUUGCAUAGCGUGUUUAUGCUUAGCUUGGCAUUUACUAAUUACGAUAAUGAGAUAAUGGGACUAAUAUUGAUAGACUACCUUUUCUCUGGGCAAGCUUAUGACACCUAUCUGCAUAGGACUCUCGAAUAUCUCUCACAAUGCCUAAACAAAGAUUGGGAAUUUCUGAGAGAUACUUAUUUCAUUAAUGAUGAGAAAGUCGCAGAGCUAAUUCACUAUGUUAUUCUUGGAAUCGUUAAAAACUAGAAUGGUGCUUUUAAUAUUGAAUUCUUGAAAGAUCGUCAACGAAGAGAAUAACUUGAAUCGAGCUUUGAGAGUCUUUGCGACCAAGUAUUCAACGAUUUGUCAAAGUUCUUUGAAAUUCAGAUAGGCUGCAGAACCGAGAUAGAAAUUCAUAUGUAGGAAUUCAAUGAAGUUGGGGCUAAUGACUGUUUUCAGCUUCUUAGAAAUAUAAACACCAUCAGCAUCAAAUAAUUUGAAAAGCACAUUAUGGACGAUCCUAAAGACUCAAACGACAAGAAGGAGUACUCAGAUUUCUUUAAAAUCAUAUUUGAACAGAAAGAAUCACUUAGAAGCAUAAGAAAUCUGAAGCCAUUGGUUCAAUGGGCUAGAUACAUUUUUGACAAGUGGAACACUUAGCUUACCUAUGAUGAAGCUAAUGAGAUGACUUUGAUAGAAGCCAUACAGAGAGACUUCACACUGAAUCAAAGCAGCAUAGACUAUUAAACGAGAAUUGAAAAGGACUAUAAGAAAUUCAAGAAUGCUUGGAAUUGCUUUGCUGGACUUAUCAUUAGAGAUUACCAGAAAGAUAAAGGAGUGGAAGUUGUUAUACCAAAAAUCAAUGAUCAGUCAAAGCUGAUCUUAUGUUGCUUGACUAAGGAUAAGAUCAAUUAGCCAGGCCACAUCUUCUUUAUAUUACUUAAAUACUUAGCAACAAAGUAAAAUAAUGUGCUAGCUCAAGCUGAAAAACUUUUCAACGAAAACAAUAUCAAUUCAAUUAAAUUCCCAAGAAUACAAUUACUAAAUCUCAGGAAAGAGCAAAUUAUUUACUUCAGAGAAAAAUAAGAGCCUAAAUCUGACAGAGGAAAAAUAGGUUAAGUGCAAAAUGAGGAGUUAAAGAAGUAAUGUUCACAGGUAGAAAGGCAAGAUUCAGGAAGCAAUGUGGAAAAUAAUAUAGCCAAUUAGAGUCUUAAUCGAAAGGAAGAGGAGAGAGAGCUUGAAGAGGAAAAAUUCGAGCAAAUCAUAAUUGAGAAUAGUGCCUGCGGUCUGAAAUACAGAUAAGGUAUGCAAGUGGAGUAUAACAUUCAAAUGAUAAAAAACUCUACCAUUGAAAAUCUCUUUAAGGGCAAACACUUUAUUGAUUUGGAUGAAUAGACUUAGAAGCUUAACUUCCAGUAUGUAAAUCUGGGCAAUCUUUAUUCUUAGUUUGAGGUCAUCAGACAGAUAAAAUAAGAGCCCAUCCCUGAUAAUAUAGUCUAGAAUAUCAAAGAGUAAAGGAAUAUAGAGAAGAUUCAUCAGUUUCUUGGACAAUUGAGGGUAACUAUGAACUACAUUGAAAGCUCAGAUGCCGCCGAAGAUAAGGACAAGGAAAACAACUUCGGAGAGUCACUUCUGAUUACUUAUAUGAAACUCUUAAAGAUUUCAAAUGAAGAGAAUAUACUGGGUUUUGAUUUCAAGAUUAAAAAUAUAAUAAGUCUCUAUGAGGCAAUCGAGCAAAGAGUAGAGGAUAUUGAAGUAAAGAACAUAUAUAUCAGGUAUUAAGAUGAGCUAACAGAACAGUAGAAUAUUUAAAUUGGAAAAUUGAUACUUUAAAUUUAGCUUCCGAUUAUUGAGCAAAUGAUGCAUAUCAUUGGUAAAUUUUGCAUCAGAUAGCUAAGAAACUUACAAAAAGAGCUUUUAAACCAGAAGAUUUUUGUUUACUUGUUAGAGGAUAAGAAUGAACCGUUAUUUGAAGAAUAGAAAGAAGUGAAGUAAAAAUUCAACGAACUUCAAAGCACAUAGGUAGAAAUCAGACAAGCAAAAUGCGUUUACGACAGGCUCAGAAAGCAAUUUUUAAAGUUGAUGAAUGAUUAGCGAGCUGCGAUGGACAGAGAAAGACAGGAGCAGAUUAAUGCCCAGUAAAUUGAUGGAAUCAACUCCAAUGAUAUCUUUUAAAGAAACUAAACCAGGCUUUCCAGAAAUAGAGGAAUAAGGAGAAAUUGA